CCCCAGCCUUCCCCACGUAGCGCCGGGAAGGGAGACUUUGCCCGGGGCAGCGCGUGCUGGACCACGGUACAAAGCCGUACGGUCCCGCGCCUCACCAGCCUCCACCUCCACCGCACCGCCGCCUGCCUCACUUGCCCCCUCCCCGCCGCCGCCACCUCCUACUCAAGACCCCACAGCGCCACCGCGGCCGCCUGCUCGCUCGCCUGACAACCGCCACCGCGACCGCCUGCGACGCGUCGGCGGAGGAAGCUCAACAGGCAGCGCCGUCCGUUCCCAGGAUCAACCCCACCGGGGCCCGGCGAUGGAGCACGCGGGCGCGUUCCUGGAGAUGGUGGCGAAGCAGGUGGACCCUGGCGCGCCGGGGUUCUGGCGAGACUUCCUGGUGGGCAUGCUCAAGCCGGUGGCGGCCACGGCCGUGGUCGCUAUGGCCGUCGCGCUCAGCUUCUCGCAGCGCCUGGGGCUCGAGGGGGAGAUGCUCUACGCCAUCGCGCGCGCCUUCCUCCAGCUCUCCGUCAUCGGCUUCGUCCUCCAGUUCAUCUUCACCCAGAAGAACGCGCUCUGGAUCCUCCUCGCCUACCUCUUCAUGGUGACGGUUGCGGGCUACACGGCGGGUCAGCGCGCCAAGCAGGUCCCCCGCGGGAAGUACAUCGCCUGCGUCUCCAUCCUGGUCGGCACCGCCAUCACCAUGUUCCUGCUCGUCGUGCUCAACGUCUUCCCCUUCACGCCCCGCUACAUCAUCCCCGUCGCCGGUAUGAUGGUCGGCAACGCCAUGACCGUCACCGGCGUCACCAUGAAGAAGCUCAGGGAGGACGUCAAGAUCCAGAGGAAUCUGGUGGAAACGGCACUUGCUCUGGGUGCGACGCCGCGUCAGGCGACACUGCAGCAGGUGAAGAGGUCGCUGGUGAUCGCGCUGUCGCCGGUGAUCGACAACGCCAAGACGGUGGGUCUGAUCGCGCUGCCGGGCGCCAUGACGGGGCUCAUCAUGGGCGGCGCGUCGCCGCUGGAGGCCAUCCAGCUGCAGAUCGUGGUGAUGAACAUGCUCAUGGGCGCCUCCACCGUCAGCAGCAUCCUCUCCACCUACCUCUGCUGGCCGGCCUUCUUCACCAAGGCCUUCCAGCUCGAAGAGAAGGUCUUUGCCGACUAGAACAGAACACUAGGGAAUGAAGUCUCUUUCUUCCGAGAAAGGAGAAGACAAGAAGUGGGUUAAGGCCAAUCAAAUGCCUGCGUUUUCGUGUGAAAAAAACUGUAACUUUCAAUGUCAGUGUUGAUGGUGAAUUACUGAGCUGUAACUGCAGUUUAGAGAUUGCCAGCGCCUGUGUGGAUGCUAGUAGAAUUUGUAAAUGACUGUUCCUUUUCCGA